AUGGAAACUGCAAAGGUGGAUGAUGUCAAAAAAUCUUCAAAAAGGAAGACAGCUCCAACUAAAGAAAUUGACUGGGUGGAACCAUCUUUUAUUGAUUUCUGUAAGACUACAAAACUGUCAUCUAGCAGUCUUAAUAAAAAAUCACCUACGGAUACUGACAGUUAUCACAAGAGCAAAGACCAUUUUCCUCUGCUUGAAAAUUACAAGUCUGGGAGAAAAAAAAGAAAACCACUUUCUGAGGAUGAGAAAUAUAAACUCUUCAAACAAAAUCACAGCCAAAUUGAACCAUGGGUAGAUAAAUACAAACCAAAAACUCAGAAUGACCUUGCCAUACACAAGAAAAAAAUUGAAGAAGUUGAAAGAUGGUUAAAAGAUCACAUCUUUCAAAAUCAGUCAAGACAGGGAGGCUCCAUUCUAGUGUUAACUGGUCCUCCAGGAUGUGGAAAGUCUGUAACUGUGGAAAUACUAGCCAAGGACCUUGGCAUUCAGAUACAAGAAUGGAUAAAUCCUGUAUCGCUAGACUUCAAGAAAUAUGAUGACUUUCGAGUUGCUUUGAAUCAUGAAUCAGAUUUUCAGAUACUUCCUUAUCAGAGCCAGGCAGCCAUCUUUCAAGAAUUUCUGCUAAGAGCAAACAAGUAUAUCAGGCUUCAGAUGGUUGGAGAGUCCAUGGAAACUGACAAAAGACUUAUUCUUGUGGAAGAUAUGCCAAACCACUUUUAUCAUGACCCUAGCAGUUUACAUGACAUUCUGAGGAGGUUUUUGCGGACAGGCAGAUGUCCUCUUGUGUUUAUAAUAUCAGAUGUUUUCAGUGCAGGCAGCAGCCAAAGGUCUCUAUUCCCAAAGGCAAUUCAGGAAGAGCUAUGUAUAGCUACCAUUAGUUUUAAUCCAGUGGCACCAACAAUGAUGAUGAAAGCCCUAAGUCGAAUAACCACAGGGGAGAUCAGUAUGAGAAAAGCUGAUGUCCCUGACAAAGCCUUAUUGGAACUGAUUUGCAGUGGGUGUUCAGGUGACAUUAGAAGUGCAAUAAACACUCUUCAGUUUUCUUCUCUAAAAAAGUGGCCAUCAGACAAGGGCUUAUGGUCACAAAGAAAGAAAAAUUCUAUAUUAAAAUAUGAUACAUCAUCUAAAAUAAAGAAGAAAAAACUAUUCAAUAAUUUUUUAGAAGACCAAGAAAUACCAGCUAUUGGUAGUAAAGAUGUUUCCAUCUUCCUUUUCCAUGCUUUGGGGAAAAUACUUUACUGCAAAAGAGAACCAGCUACAGAGGUGGACAUUCCUCAGUUACCUCGUCAUUUAUCAGAAUAUGAACGAAAUCCCUUGAUCGUUCAGCCUGAGGAUGUCAUAGAAAAAUCACAUAUGCCUGGGGACUUAUUUAAUGUCUACCUUCACCAGAAUUAUUUGGAGUUCUUCUCUGAUAUUGAUGACAUUGUAAGAGCCAGUGAAUAUUUAAGUACCGCAGAUUUCCUUUGCAGUAACUGGGAUGCACGAGCUAUACUUCAAACGUAUAGUGCCUCUGUAGCCACAAGGGGUAUGAUGCACUCAAACCGAGCCAGAGCCUUUGCACAAUGCAAAGGAGGAAUGGGCUUUAGACCUCUUCAUAAACCACAAUGGAUCCUAAUUAAUAGAAAGUAUCAAGAAAACUGCUUUGCUGCAAAAUCCCUCUUUUCAAGUUUCUGUUUAUCACCAUUGUGUCUUCAGACUGAGCUAAUACCUUAUCUUACCAUGCUGACUAAUCCAAUGAGAAACCAAGCUCAGAUUACCUUUAUUCAGGAUGUUGGAAAACUUCCCUUAAGGAAACACUUUGGAAGGUUAAAACUUGAAACUCUCACUGAUAAGGAUUCUGCAGUACAAAUCCUGGACAGUGAUGAUGAAGGGGAGUUUGGUGAGAUGCAGCCCACAAUUCUACAUAUCCAAGGGGAGAAAAUAAAAACUAGUGAGGAAAAUGAACUGGAUGAAUUCCUCCUUACUUCCAGUCAGUAUAGUGGAAGUGAACUCCCAGCCAGUCAACCUCAACCUGUCGCAGCACAAGCAAUAAUGGAAGCAGAUGAUCUAAAUAUAGAAGAGUAUGACAGUGAAUAACAUUUAUAAAGUAGCAAUUCCAAAGCUGUGAUAAUGUUUAAAUUAUAAUUUUACUUUUGUUUCAUAUGUUGUAUCCCAAUGUACAGAAAAGGUAGAAAUCACUUUAUUCAUUAUUUUCUGCAGGCUGUUACGUAUCUGUCAUGAGUAACAGUUAAUAUGGAGGGAAAUGGGUACAGAGGCUUCCUAUUUCUAUCUGAGUCUACAUUGAAAAGUUCCCAUUAAAACUCAAGGUUUUCCUUAUCCAUAAGGAAGCAUGGAAAUCAGUAAGAGGAAAUGUAUUUACUUUGGCUUUUUAUACUUGUAUUUAUCUUGCAGAUAUUGAAGGCAUUGUCAAUUAUUUUGUUAAUGUUUCAAAAGUUUAGACCUAACCUGGGGUGAUGAAACAUUGUACAAAACAUUUAACCUAGGUUGUGUACUAUUUAAUAUGUAAAUAAAUCUCUGGGUGCCUUAUUAAUAAAUUGUAUCAUUUUACUUUUAGAUAUUUCUGAAACAAAAAUGUGUACAUAUGUUUUGGACAAUUCUAUCUUGAGAAGUAUUGCUAAUACAAGACAGAGAAUAACAUGAGAGUUCUCAGUAUUUUAAAGAGUUAGUUCUUGAACUUGUAUUUUCAAAUGGUUCUUCAUUUUUACUGAUGAACAGUUGUUUUUAAAAUAAUUUUAUUAAAGAUUAUAAUUGCAAUAGUAAAAACUAAUACAAACUAAAAGAAAGAA